GCAGAGGCGCCACGGCCGCUGCCUCCGCCGGCGCCGCCCAGCGCGCGCCUGGAGCGCCUGGAGGGCGGCGCCACGGCCGAGGGCGUGGACUUCGAGCGGAAGGUGGCGGGGCUGGCGGCGCUGCGGUCGCGCCGGCUGGGCGCGCGCUUCCAGGUCUUCUCCAACGUGGCUGUCGCGCUCCCGUUCGACGACGUGGUGCUGCGCAUCCCGCCCGCCACGUACUUCCUGCAGCUCAAACACACCGGCACCAGGCCGCUCUCCCUCAAGACUUUCACGUCGAGUAAGAACUUCCAUUUGAAGAAAUACUUCGAGUUCUUCCUGAAGCUGCGUGACUGGCACCAGAAGAAGCUGAAUCCGCAGGAGGCUCUGGAUGACGGGCAACGCCUCCUGUGCGAGGGGCCGAUGGAGCACUGCCGCUUCGUCAUCUUCACCACGCAAAAGCGCUGGAUGAGAGCUUCGACUUGCUCUGCCGACGACGAGGACGUCCACAAGAUGGCGCGCGAAAUUCUGGACACCGGGGAAACUCACGACUGCGUCAUUCGAUUCACUCAGAACGACAGAAAGGUAUGGAACUUACUGAAAGGGGAUGCUAAUGAAGCUAUCUAUCAAAAUGAAUUCCUCCCAAAGCUGCUCAUAUAUUGCGAGCAGACAGAGUCCGGCCACCUUGACAGUUCAAUCAAGCGCGAAAUCAAGACCUUGUUGGGCGACCCCCUCCUGCAGCUCGACCUGCUCACCUUCCACUUCCUGGACUUCCUCAAGGAGUGGAUGCGGGACGACGCAAAGGACUUCUGCCUGACGGAGGACUCGGCCGAGGUGGAGUGGUACCUGGCGGAGCACCUGCGGGGACUGGCGCGGAAGGCGUGUGCCCUGGAGCUCCUGCAGUUUCAGGACUCGCACUGGGGACCCCUGCGGGAAGCUCUGCAAAGGGAAGGCGCCCUAGCCCUGCAGGUGGCGGGCGUGGCCGCGGGCGCGCGGGCCGCCAAGCUGCUGGGCCUCCUGGACGCCGAGCACCAGGGCGCGUGGGUGUACGUGAACGGCCACGUCCUCAGCCAGUGCGACGCCAAGGCGCUCAAGGCCGUUUGCUGUGCCCGCCACUGCCGGGUACUCGUAGUGGAUGUUGAUCAUCUUUCCAAGAAACUGAACAAUUUGCUGCUGUCGGUCGCCACCGCCGUGAAAAUCGUUAGCCUCGGGAAAGUGGAUUUGGAACUUCCUGAUGUCACGAGGCACCAAGAAGAGUUGAAGUUCUCUUAUUUGACUUUAAACGCCCAAAAUGAACUUCUUGAAAGGAACGUGUCUUUUCAAGGCCAGGCCGUGAGGCUGCGCGAGCUGGAGGGGGCGUGGCCCGGCCUGCGGGAGGAGGCGGACGGCGCGCUGCUGGGCGCUGUGGCGCUGGGCGAGGCGGCGCUGGGCGUCCCCUUACCGCUGAUGGGCGGGGACGACGAGGCGGAGGAGCGCCUUUACAUCCCGCGCCACGUCCAGCACUUGAGCGAACUUGACCCUGCCGUGUUGGGAAUGGACUUUCCUGACGACCACCUCGCCCUCGAAGGCAUCCCGCAAACCCUUUUAGAGGAAUUAGGUCGCAAAAUCGGUUGGUCGUGCAAGGAAAUGAACGAUAGGUGGACUACAUUGGACAGCGAUUCUCCUGCAAAGAUGGAAAAGGCCUUUGGCGCCCUGUGCUCCAAGCAAAGCUCGAAAAACACGCUGGUGUGGCGGCGCACGCGGGGGCGCGGGGACGCCCUGGCGCCGCUGGUGCGGCCGGCGACGCCCGCGUGCGCGCGCGCGCCCAAGUGCGUGCACGACGCGCCUCGCGCGCCGGCCGACGUGGCCGCGUGGGGCAGGCGCGCGUCGCUGCUCGUGGGCGGGCCCGGCGCGGGCAAGACCUCCUUCCUGCUGCGGGCGGCGGCGGAGGCGCGGCGGCGCGCACCCGCCCGCUGGACCCUC